AUGCGCAGCGCGGCUUGCCAGUUUCAGAAGUCUCAGCCGGCUUGCAUACUUGUGCAAUGCGGGCAGAUGGUCAGCUCGUCUGCUUUGGAGCCAAUGGUAACGGGCAGCGUGACGUCCCAGCAGAUUUGGGACCAGCUUUGGCAGUCGCUGCGGGCCGUUUUCAUACCUGUGCAGUGCGGUCAGAAGGUCAGCUCGUCUGCUUUGGUGAUUAUGGGCAGUGUGACGUCCCAGCUGAUUUGGGACCAGUUUUGGCAGUCGCAGCGGGCAGUUUUCAUACCUGUGCCAUGCGACCAGAUGGUCAGUUCGUCUGUUUUGGAGAGAAUAAUUAUGGGCAGUGUGACGUCCCAGCGGAUUUGGGGCCAGUUUUGGCAGUUGCAGCGGGCAGUUUUCAUACCUGUGCAGUAA